AGGCAGUCAAUUUGUCUUGGUCUUUAAUUGUCCUUCUACACACAAGAGCAACACGAGAGAGAGAGAGAGAGAGAGAUUAUGUCGACUCUAACAGUUCCUCCUGUUCCUCCUUCCCCUCGGGAUGAUGCUGUCCAGCUCUACCGUGCUUUCAAAGGAUUUGGUUGUGAUACUGAAGCUGUGAUCAAUAUUGUUGCCCAUCGUGAUUCAACACAACGUGCUCUGAUCCAACAUGAGUACAAAGCUAUGUAUUCUGAGGACCUUCUUAAACGAUUGACUUCAGAACUUCAUGGAAAAUUGGAGUUUGCAUCUUGUAAAAUCUCUUCUAUGUGUCAGACAGCGGUUUUGCGUUGGAUGCAUGAUCCAGCAGGACGUGAUGCAAUUAUAUUAAAGCAAGCAUUAAGUAGUGGCUCCACUAAUCUUGAAGCUGUCACUGAAGUACUAUGCUCUCGGACACCAUCCCAGCUUUACACCUUGAAGCAAAUCUAUUAUUCAAUGUUUGGGGUUUACCUUGAGAAUGAUAUUGAACAGCUAACCUCAGGUGAUCAUAAGAAGCUUUUGCUGGCUUACGUAACCACACCACGCUCUGAAGGCUUCGAAGUUGAUAGAGAGAUGGUUGAAAGGGAUGCUAAGGCUCUCUUUAAAGCAGGGGAGAAAAAAUUGGGAACUGAUGAGAAAACUUUUAUACGCAUUUUUAGUGAACGAAGCAGGGCACAUUUGGCUGCUAUAGAUUCUUCUUAUCAUAACAUGUAUGGGAACUCACUGAAAAAGGCUGUAAAGAGUGAAACUUCAGGGCAAUUUGAGCUUGCCCUUUUGACAAUCCUACAGUGUGCACAUAAUCCUGCAAAGUACUUUGCAAAGGUAUUACAUAAGGCGAUGAAAGGAUUGGGAACUGAUGACACAACACUUAUAAGAGUUAUCGUGACAAGAACCGAGAUUGAUAUGCAAUACAUUAAAGCCGAAUACCAGAAGAAAUACAGGAAGUCAUUGAAUGAUGCGGUUCACUCAGAAACAUCUGGUCACUACAGGAGCUUUCUUCUUUCUCUGCUGGGUCCAAACCAUUAGGCUUGUGAUGGUUGUGUUUAUAAAUAAAGCACUUUAAAAUAUAUAUAUACACAUUUGCAUGUGUAAUAUGUAUACUAUGUUUGGAGUGUUGAACUUAAUGGUUUUAGAUUUGCAGUUUCUUUAGUGGUGUGAUGGGUGAGGCAUAUUAGGGUUGUGUACGGAUUGGAUUGGAUUGUCUAUUUGGAGAAAAUAUCACUCGUACUACUCUUGGUAAAUCGAGAAAUUUCUAAUUAAGAAUUUUAUUAUUCCAA